AUGGAGUGGGGUUUGUGGGUUUUAAUUCAAUUGGGUCUGUGUGCGCUGAUGGGUCCUAUAAGAGGGCACAAAAAGAAAAGAAAGACUGAGAAGAUGGUUGAGCAGAAAGCUUUAGCCUCUGGGUCUUCUGAAAAGGGGUCUGCUGAUUGGUGGGAUGAGUUCUCCAGGAGGAUUGCUGGUAUGUAA